AUUGGAGGGUGAGCAGCGUCCCAGCCAGUUGUGAGAUCUACUCGGCUGAAUAUCUUUAAUGCUCUGUAAUUAUACCUCGAGGCACAGUUGUACCACUCGUCUGCCAAAAGCAGGAGAAACUAUCAUUGGACAUAAGUUUUUCAUUGGCUUUGGAGGGAAAGGAGCCAAUCAGUGUGUCCAAGCUGCUCGACUCGGGGCCAAGACCUCAAUGAUAUGCAAAGUUGGGAAGGAUUCCUUUGGCAAUGAAUACAUUGAAAAUUUCAAAAGGAAUGAGAUUUCUACAGAAUUUGUAGGUCAGACUGAGGAUGCUGCUACAGGAGCUGCUUCAAUAAUUGUCAACAGUGAAGGUGAGAAUGUUAUUGUCAUAGUCCCAGGAGCCAACUUGCUUGUGGAUUCUGAAGACCUGAAGAGAGCUGCUGAUGUCAUUUGUAAGGCCAAAGUGAUUGUCUGCCAGCUAGAAAUAACACCUGCAACAUCUCUUGAAGCCCUGAAAAUGGCACAUGCCAGUGGAGUAAAGACCUUAUUUAAUCCUGCUCCAGCCCAGGCUGACCUACAUCCACAAUUUUACACUCUUUCUGACAUCUUCUGCUGCAACGAAACUGAGGCAGAAAUUUUAACAGGCCUCCCAGUUGGCAACCCUGAAGAUGCCGGGAAGGUGGGAUCCGUACUACUAGAAAGAGGCUGUAAGCUGGUAAUUGUCACUUUGGGGGCAGAAGGCUGUGUGAUGAUAUCAAAGGAAGAUCCCAUUCCAAAGCAUGUUCCUGCUGGGAAGGUCAAGGCCAUGGACACUACGGGAGCUGGCGAUAGCUUUGUGGGAGCACUGGCUUUCUACCUGGCUUACUAUCCCAAUCUAUCCAUGGAAGAAAUGAUUAGGAAGUCCAACUUCAUUGCAUCAGUGAGCGUCCAAGCACCGGGGACACAAUCUUCCUAUCCCUACAGGAAAGAUUUGCCACAGGAUCUUUUCUAAAUUUGUGCUGUCAAAUUCAGAUUGUAAUUUUCCCUCAACCCAGGCAAGCUGAUUUUCAAGACUGUACACUGGCAAACUGCUUUUCCUGAAAAUGUCCAACUGUAAAGGAGGGGAGCAGAAAAGUUUAUUCCCUUCUCAAUCAAAUAUUUUGUUAGUCCCACUAGGGACCAAGUCUUUCAGACAAUCACAGCUCUAUCCCUAGUACCGUCUGCACGCUCCCAUGAGUAGUUGCCAUCGUGCAGAACAGUACCAAAUACUAGAGAUGUCAGUAAGGGUAAGUGAAGUCCUUAAGCUCUUAAAUUCUAUGGUGUCUUCCAUAGCUUCUCUAUGCUCUCCAGUAACUAAGUUUAUAUUAUUGAAGCUUCAGCACUUCCAGCUGGCAAGACCAUUAGAAUGCAAAGUUCACACAAUAAUCAUGAGUUUCCACAAAAAAUCCUUGUUCCUGCCAUCAGCUGCAAGUGCCGUAGCCUAGAAGGAACGCCACUGUACCUCAUUGACCAUCUGGAGACCACACAUUCCCAUAAGCAGUGUCAGCUCUUCCAUAUUCCACUCAGUAUGCAACAAAGUGUUGCAUGCUAAGCCAUGUAGUGUAUGCUGACAGUGCUUUUCUGCCAAAUGCCUGCAGUGGGUUCCACGCUUUGUCCACUAGCUGAGGUUCUUUGUUUCUAGGAAGGUUUUGAGAAAGCCUUCCCUCCCACGGGCUAAAA